CAUUUUUUUUUACCGAUAUUUCGCGGCUCGACUGUCUUUCAACAAUGUGAAAAAAAAAAUCCAAAUAUCACGUAAUCGAUGCGUUCCUGGAUACAGAAAGCGGAAUGAUAAAGGGGAAUCAAUAUUUAGUCUUGUAUAGUUACGGCAAAAGGUGCAACGACUUUGCCAUUUGUAUUCGAAUGUUGGCCAAGUUGGAACAAUUUAUCUUGUUUAAUUUGUGUAAAUUUUCAGUGAAUUCAGUGCAUGGCGCUCGUUCUCGAAAAAGGACGCUGUCGUACAGACUUUGGGGGACGUCGGAAGAUGGGAAAAUCGAAUUCGAGUCUUUAACAACGGAGACCCUCGAGGGAGCUCUCGACGUCCUUCGACAGAGUUUCUUGACAGGCGAAGCAGUCUGUCAAGCUGUCAAUAUGUUGUCAGACCCUGAUGGGAUGAAAGACAUGGAAAAACUUUGUCUGGACGCUGCAAAAGACGGCGUCAGUGUCGUUGCAAUCGACGUAGCAACCAAGAGCGUCGUAGGCGUGGCCUUCAACAAACUGCAGUUACCCGUGACCAAUGGGGAAAAAAGCGGUUUCCAGGUUUUUGCCGAGAACUGCAGAGGGAAGUCGUCGAAAGCGUUGGUGGAAUUUAUGAUCGACGUGGACGGCAGAGUUAAUAUGUUUAAACAUUAUAACGUGGGUUGUAUAAUGGAAGUCGCCGUUCUCAGUACUGCGAGAAGUCAUCAAAGACGAAGAAUCGGCGAGCUGGUUGUGGCCGCGUCGGUAGAAAUCGGCAAGGAACUAAGAAGAGGAAAGAAGGUGAAGACACCGGUGGAAAUUGAUAAGGAUGAGAGCAUUAAUAACGAAGCAGCCAUUCCCAUUUUAAUUUCCGCGACAAUGACGUCGUUUCACUCGCAGAAAAUCGCUGCCAAACUCGGUUUCGACACCCUCGCCGAUGUCAGUUUCGAAGAGUUCGAAUUUGAAAAUGUUAAAUUCAGUGAAAAAUUGGGCAAGGAGUAUCCAAAGUCGAGUUUACUCGUCGCGAAGAGGUUAUAACCUGAUCGAGAUACCAUAUAUUUUUUUUUAUCCGUUGAAACAAUUAUUCUAGCGAUGGCAAAAUUCGCAAAAGGUUUCAGAGACUUGUACGUGAACGUUUUUAAUGUCUAAUAUAUUGUUACGAAUUAAUUAUGUAUAUUUAACGUUCAUAACGACGCUUUUCUUCCGCGAAAUUGUCAUCGCAAAGAGUCGACGUGUACAUCAAAAAAUGUUUUUCCUUUUAUUCCGCGUAUAGAACCGACAAUUCUAUUAACAGAAUUUCAUUGCUUUCGUAGAAGUGGGUACACGAAGCGCUCCUAGUUACUCGCUCAAAAAUAAAAUCCUUUUCUAAACAAAAGAAAAA